GUUAGUAUUUAUAGGGCAGAGCGCGAGAGCCGGAAGAUUUACCGCCACCGCCACCGCCGCCGGAAAGCGGCAACUCAAAACUAGUUAUUAUUCCUUUAUGUCAAUAGAAAUUUGGACUUUGCUUGGAAUGAAUUUGCUGUUUUCUUGAAUUGGAACAUUGAAAUUAUAUGCAAAUAUUGUAUGGGAAGUUGAAUUUGGAGGUAUAAGAAGCUCAAAAUUUCAUUGAUAAUACAUUUAGACAGGAGAAAGUAAAGUGUUAGAGUUUUGUAAAAUGGACUUUAAAUCAAGAGGGAAAGGUAAAAGAGUUCAAAGUGUUGAUCGGAGAGGGGUCGAGAGUGACUUUUCGAAUAAGGAUAAAAUGCCUGUAUUUUCAGAUAAGAAAAGGAAGAGAAUUUAUGCUGAUAAAUUCCCCGAUGGGAAAUUGAUAAACAGGAUGGAAACGAGAAAUUUGUAUGGCAAAGGGAAAAUACAAACCAGAGAUGAUUCUGUUAAAGUUAGGAGUUUUAAAGGACCGCCUCGCACAAUUUGGGUUCCGAACAGUGUAAAGGCUGAUAGUUCAAGAAAUAAGCAUCUUUCUCAUGAUAUUAUUGAUGAAACGGGAAAUAUGAAGUUUUCUGCUGGAAAACAAAGAACCAAGGCAGAGGAGGCUGAUAAAUUGGAUGGCAGAAGGAAUAGUGUAUUGCAGAAACAAUCUAAAAAGAAAUCUGAUUCAAGUAACCAUCCUUAUGUACCGCAUUCAAGAUCUACAAAGAAAAUUGUUCUAAACAAACAAAGCCUUGUUGAUGGUAGUUCAGAAGUAGAUACCCGGCCAAAGAAGAAAAAGCCAAAGAUUCGGUUAGACCCAUAUGAUAUUUCAAAUAAGCGUCUCGAUGAUGAAGUAGUUACUCAUGAGCAUGUUAAAGAGAAGAAAGAAGAGUCUGUUAAAGAAGUUGAAAUGUCAAUGAAUGCACAAUUCCGAGCAAUAAAACCUAGUCCUUCCAUCCUUUCUUAUGUUGAAGAUAAUUUGUUAGGCCGUAGACGGAUGAUUGAGCUAAAAAGGGCGGGCUAUAACAUUGAGCUAUCUGCACCAUUAGAUAAUAUCCCUUUUUCAACAAGCUCAGAGAGAGAACGAAUUGAAGAAAAUGUUUUUAGGAACAAAAUGACAUUCUUUGCUGCCGCAAAAGUUUCUUCUUCAUUCCCAGCUCCUGAUCUUCCAGAGAUUGCAUUUGCAGGACGGUCAAAUGUUGGGAAGUCAUCACUACUUAAUUGCAUCACCAGGCAAUGGGGUGUUGCACGGACAUCAGACAAGCCUGGCCUUACUCAGACUAUUAAUUUCUUCAACCUAGAGUCAAAGCUCUGUUUAGUUGAUUUGCCUGGAUAUGGGUUUGCAUAUGCGAAGGAAGAGGUUAAGGAUGCUUGGGAAGACCUUGUGAAGGAAUAUGUUUCCACGAGAGUUGGUUUGAAACAAGUAUGUCUCCUUAUUGACACAAAAUGGGGCAUGAAGCCAAGAGACCGUGAACUUAUUGAUUUGAUGGAAAGAUCUCAGACGAAAUACCAGAUUGUAUUGACCAAGACAGAUUUGGUAUUUCCAAUUGACGUGGCACGCCGUGCAAUGCAAAUUGAAGAGAGUCUCAAGGCAAACAGGUCUAUAGUUCAACCCGUGGUGAUGGCGAGCUCAAAAACUGGAGCUGGUAUCCGAAGUUUGAGAACAGUGCUUUCGAAGAUUGCCCGGUUUGCCAAACUCUAAUUUAAGGUCCACUAUCAGUAUAGCUAGUUGGAGAGGUCUUAAGCUGUGUCUUUCAGAAUGAGUUUAAUCAGUAGAACUUGCAAUAUUUCCCUAUCCUAAUCCUUUUCCUUAGAAUGUCUGCAAAGCCUCACAAAAUGGAUAAAUCAAGUUCUGAAUUUUCCUGCGCCUGAUGUCAUUUUAGUGCAAAGGAGUUUCAGGUUAAUUUAGCUAUGUGCUAGUUCUUA